CUACAGAGAAAAGCGUCUGAUGCUACGUUGAGUCUAAAAGUCGUCCAUAUAACUCUAUUUCCGUUACAGCUUGGGAAGAAGUGGUAUGGUAUUCAACUUAUAAGAUUAAAAGAUCCUGCAGCAUCGACAAAUGCCUUCGGUAUAUUUUCGUAUAAAAGGAUGGGAAGCUGAUAUGGUUCUUUGUAAAUAUAAGAAAAUUUGCAUCUUUUGAACAUAUUUCUUAAUAGAAACUAACCGGAACCAUGUUUCUCUACAACUUAACAUUACAACGUGCUACAGGCAUUACACAUGCCGUGCAUGGUAACUUUUCUGGAAGCAAAAUGCAAGAAAUCCUCGUUUCACGUGGAAAGUCCUUAGAACUUUUAAGACCAGAUCCUAACACUGGAAAAGUUCAUACAUUACUAACUGUUGAAGUUUUUGGAAUUAUAAGAUCAUUAAUGGCCUUUAGACUUACAGGCGGAACAAAAGAUUAUAUAGUUAUAGGUUCUGAUUCAGGACGCAUCGUUAUUUUAGAAUAUAUUUCUGCUAAAAAUAUUUUUGAGAAAGUACAUCAAGAAACAUUUGGCAAAAGUGGUUGUAGACGAAUUGUUCCUGGACAAUAUUUAGCGAUAGAUCCAAAAGGCAGAGCUGUUAUGAUAGGUGCCAUUGAAAAACAAAAGCUUGUAUAUAUUUUAAACAGAGAUCCCGAAGCCCGUCUCACUAUUUCUUCUCCUUUAGAAGCACAUAAAAGUAAUACAUUGGUAUAUCAUACAGUUGGUGUAGAUGUUGGUUUUGAAAAUCCUAUGUUUGCUUGUUUAGAAAUUGAUUAUGAGGAAGCAGACAGUGAUCCUACAGGAGAUGCAGCUGUUAAAACACAACAAACAUUAACUUUAUAUGAACUUGAUCUUGGACUAAAUCAUGUUGUUCGUAAAUAUAGUGAACCAUUAGAAGAACAUGCUAAUUUUUUAGUGUCUGUCCCAGGUGGUAAUGAUGGUCCCAGUGGUGUACUUAUUUGUUCUGAGAAUUAUUUAACUUAUAAGAAUUUAGGUGAUCAGCAUGAUAUUCGUUGUCCUAUACCAAGAAGAAGAAAUGAUCUCGAUGAUCCAGAAAGAGGCAUGAUAUUUGUAUGUUCUGCGACACAUAAAACAAAAAGUAUGUUCUUCUUUUUGGCACAAACUGAACAAGGAGAUAUCUUUAAAAUUACUUUAGAAACUGAUGAAGAUAUGGUUACUGAAAUAAAAUUAAAAUAUUUUGAUACUGUACCUGUAGCAACAAGCAUGUGCGUAUUAAAAACAGGAUUCUUAUUUGUUGCAUCUGAAUUUGGAAAUCAUUAUCUUUAUCAAAUUGCUCAUCUUGGAGAUGACGAUGAUGAACCAGAAUUUAGUUCUGCAAUGCCUUUAGAAGAAGGAGAUACAUUUUUCUUUGCACCCAGACCACUUCGUAAUCUAGUAUUAGUUGAUGAAAUGGAUAGUUUAUCACCUAUUAUGGCUUGCCAGGUUGCUGAUUUAGCUAAUGAAGACACUCCACAAUUGUUCAUAUCAUGUGGCAGAGGACCGCGAUCUACUUUUCGUGUAUUACGUCAUGGUUUGGAAGUAUCAGAAAUGGCAGUCAGUGAACUUCCUGGCAAUCCAAACGCAGUGUGGACUGUUAAAAGAAGAGUUGAUGAGGAAUAUGAUGCAUACAUCAUAGUGUCCUUCGUGAAUGCUACUCUUGUGCUUAGUAUCGGAGAAACUGUUGAAGAAGUGACAGAUUCUGGCUUUCUUGGCACUACUCCUACGCUCAGUUGUUCUGCUUUGGGAGAAGAUGCUUUAGUACAGGUAUAUCCAGAUGGUAUUCGUCAUAUUAGAGCCGACAAACGCGUCAAUGAAUGGAAGGCACCGGGUAAGAAAACGAUUGUGAAAUGUGCAGUAAAUCAGCGCCAAGUGGUAAUAGCUCUUACUGGUGGAGAAUUGGUCUACUUUGAAAUGGAUCCUACUGGGCAACUUAAUGAAUAUACAGAAAGAAAGAAGAUGCCAUCAGAAGUGAUGUGUAUGGCGCUUGGAAAUGUGGCUGUUGGAGAGCAACGUUCAUGGUUUUUAGCUGUUGGUCUUCAAGACAAUACUGUAAGAAUUAUUUCAUUGGAUCCAUCAGAUUGUUUAGCACCUAGAAGUAUGCAAGCUCUACCUGCAGCAGCUGAAAGUUUAUGUAUCGUAGAAAUGGGUGUUAAAGAAACUGAUAAUUCUGAAGAUGCAGCACCGCAACAACAAUUCAGCCUUUAUUUAAAUAUAGGUUUGCAAAAUGGUGUUUUAUUAAGGACCGUAUUAGAUCCUAUUUCUGGAGAUCUUGCGGAUACGCGUACUCGAUAUUUAGGAUCACGACCUGUGAAACUAUUUAGAAUUAAAAUGCAGGGUAAUCAGGCCGUGUUAGCUAUGAGUAGCAGGUCAUGGCUUAGCUAUUAUUAUCAAAAUCGUUUUCAUUUGACGCCUUUAUCUUACGAAAGCUUAGAAUUUGCCUCUGGCUUCAGUUCUGAACAAUGUCCAGAGGGUAUCGUUGCUAUAUCAACAAAUACACUUAGAAUUUUGGCUCUAGAAAAAUUAGGAGCAGUAUUCAAUCAAGUCAGUUUUCCAUUAGAAUAUACUCCAAGGAAAUUUGCUAUUCAUGUCAAUUCUGCGCAUAUAGCAAUCAUAGAGACUGAACAUAAUGCAUACACAGAAGAAACUAAACAGCAAAGAAGGUUACAAAUGGCAGAAGAAAUGCAAGAAGCAGCAGGUGCCGAGGAAGCUGCAGUUGCCAGAGAAUUGGCAGAAGCAUUUCUAUCGGAAGAACCUAAUGAAACUGUUUUUGGUGCACCAAGAGCUGGACCUGGUCUUUGGGCAUCGCUUGUAAGAAUUAUAGCACCUACAUCUGGACAUACCUUCGAAGUGCAUAGAUUAGAACAAAAUCUGGCUGCAUUAUGUUUAGGUUUGGUUAAAUUUAGUAAUCAAGGUGAUCAGUUGUUCCUCAUAGUCGGUGUUGCAAAAGAAUUUCAACUUAAUCCAAGAGUCAGCAAUGGAGGCUUUCUUUAUACUUACAAAGUUAAUGCGGAUUGUAAAAGCGUCGAGUUACUACAUAAGACUGUCUUGGAUGAAGUUCCAUUAGCAAUUUGUCCAUAUCAAGGUCGAGUGUUGGUUGGUGUCGGCAGAAUGCUACGCCUUUAUGACAUGGGUAAAAAGAAAUUAUUACGCAAAUGUGAAAAUAAGCACAUUCCAAAUGCUGUUGUUUCCAUCAAUGCUGUCGGGCAACGCAUAUAUGUUAGUGACGUACAAGAAUCAGUUUAUGCUGUUAGAUAUAAGCGGCAAGAAAAUCAAUUAAUUGUUUUUGCUGAUGAUACACACCCAAGGUGGAUUACAGCAACUUGUGUACUAGAUUAUGAUACUGUGGCUACUGCUGAUAAGUUUGGAAACAUUGCAGUGAUACGACUUGCUAGUGGCAUUAACGAUGAUGUUGAUGAGGAUCCUACUGGUAAUAAAGCACUAUGGGACAGAGGUUUAUUAAAUGGUGCCAGUCAAAAAGCUGAUACUGUCGCGUGUUUCCAUGUUGGUGAAACUGUUAUGUCUUUGCAAAAAGCUACUCUUAUUCCUGGUGGAUCUGAAAGUUUAGUUUACACAACAUUGAAUGGCACAGUAGGAGUACUUGUUCCUUUUACCAGUCAUGAAGAUCAUGAUUUCUUUCAACAUCUCGAGAUGCACAUGCGUUCGGAACAUCCACCGCUUUGUGGAAGAGAUCAUCUUUCUUUCAGAUCGUAUUAUUAUCCUGUGAAAAAUGUUAUAGACGGUGAUCUUUGUGAACAAUUCAACUCGAUUGAACCUUCGAAACAGAAAAGUAUUGCGGGUGAUCUUGAAAGAACACCGUCCGAGGUGUCAAAAAAAUUAGAGGAUAUACGUACACGUUACGCUUUCUAGAAUAGAUAUUUUAUAAUAUUCGUACAUAUAUUAUAUUCAUCUCUAUUUUGAUUGUUCACAAAUAAUCAUUGGAAUAAUCAUUGGAUGUAAGUUGAUAGAUUUUUAUUUUCAAACAAAAUAUUUCUUGACAUCUAUAUAGUUCGAAUAAUAAUUUUAAUUUAUAUCCACAUUGCAAUUACAUAACUAUAAAAAUGUAUUAAAUUUAUGAAUGCAUUAAGGCAUUAAAUUUUUGACGCGUGACGUUAUAAUAUUAUAAUUUAUAAUUUACUACUAAGUAAUAUCCAGUGUGUUUUGAAAUUGUACAAAUAGUAUACGAUAUAAAAAAAAAGAUCAAAAGUUAAA